UUGACAUGUCUACAUUAUUAUGAAGUUACCUUUUCAUACAAUUUUAUCACCUUUUCUAAAACCAUAUUUCAAACACACCAGGUUGUUUUGUCAGCACCCGACGUUCUCAGCUAGUAUUUUGUAUACAUAUUUCUAUGGUGUUCUUGGUUUGAUUAUCAGCAUCCAUGAUUUGAAGAAGCACUUUGGAGAGAUACAAGUUGAUGGAAAACUGAGUCUCAAUUUUCGUGAUGCGAUGAUCGUUCAUGACAUAAAAGUUAUAGUUUCAUCUAUUGGAUUAAUCCAGUACGUGUGCCUUUUAAUGGGAUGCUUCACCCAAAACGCAACCCGGGAGACUUCUCAGGGAGUCCGAGUGAGGCUAAGAGCGUUGCUUGUAGCGCUACUUGGAGUGUCAAUGUCUGCUUGUGCCUUCGCCUCUCAACCUGUGGAAUUAGAACUAGAUGAUGAAGAUGUCGCCCAACGGUUGAAUAACGUCAGCUUUGCUAGACGAAUAACAAAACCUACAAUACGGCUAUUGAUGGGCUACGGAAAGUUGAGUGCAGUUAUAACCGCUUUUACAUCUUUACUUUUGCUAGUUGCUGUUAUGUCAAAGCAGUCUUGGCACCGACGCGGCGCGCGAUGGUUGGCAGCGCCAGCGCUACUGGUGACAGCAUUGGAGAUAGCGUCAGACGCGAGCGACGCCAUUUUGGCAGCUCUACUCCGGGGGUCAACCGAGCCUUUCAAAGUGGCAGCGCAAACUAUUUCUGCCGCGAUCCUUAUUACUAUUGAGAUAUUAGUUUGGUUUUUCAUAGCAAAAUUUUUCGAAUACAAUCCACCGAUGUCUCUCGAAGAAACUAAGAAGGAUAUAACAAUUGAGCCUUAUCUACAAUGAAAAACAGAUUUAUUAAUUAAAUUUUUAUUAAAAUAAUUUGGACAAUAGACUUAAAAGCUUUGUAAUAAAUAAAUUCCUAAUUUCAUAGUAAAAUAGUGUAUAUAUUUGUAUAUAAAUUUGAUAUGCUUUGAUGAAUACACAGUGCUAUAAAAUUUCAAUAUCAUUAUUAAUUUGAUUUUUACAACGAAAACUUGUGUUUCGUUAAAUCUCUCUAAAUAGUGAAUAUAUUAUAAAAUAGAUAAUAAUAUAUAAUGUUUAUCACAAUGCUGCACUUAUUUAAGUCGAAUUCUAAAUCUUAUCCUAUUUUAUUUUUGGUAAAUAUACAAUUUGCUUUUUA